GAGUUGCGUGCAUCGGGAAUGGUGUAUUGUUGACUGCAGAGGCACUUCGCGGUUCGCAGGUCCGAUCGAAUUUCUUUGUUUAUUUGGUGUAGAGAAUCGUACUAUAUAAUCAUAGAUAACUUCCUGUCGCGUGUGAAAGAUCACGACACGUAGAGACACGGCCAAGGAAAUCGCGGUGGAGGCCUCGAAUUACCUGGUGGAAAGCCGUUGGAAAUUGAUUCUCUCAGGAAGGAGCAGUGUUCGCAAAGGCGUCCGUCCGACUGUGGUGCUCUGUGCUACCACUUCAGGAGGUUUAGGACGUUCUGCUUUCUGGAACGGGCUGCGAUACUAAUUCCAGAAGGGAAAUAUGGCACAACCGACAAGCAGCGCUCUCAGGGCACUUGCCCUCGAAUAUAAAAGUCUUCAAGAGGAACCCGUCGAAGGAUUCCGCGUGAAACUCGUUAACGAGGACAACAUGUUUGAGUGGGAAGUUGCUAUCUUUGGGCCUCCAGAUACGCUUUACCAAGGAGGAUACUUCAAGGCACACAUGAAGUUCCCGCCCGAUUAUCCGUACAGUCCACCGAGCAUUCGGUUUAAGACGAAAGUUUGGCAUCCGAACGUGUACGAGAACGGAGAUCUCUGCAUAUCGAUCCUUCAUCCACCCGUAGACGAUCCACAGAGCGGCGAACUACCGUGCGAGAGGUGGAAUCCAACACAGAACGUCAGGACGAUCCUCCUGUCGGUGAUCUCGCUCCUGAACGAGCCCAAUACGUACAGCCCUGCCAACGUGGAUGCUUCGGUGAUGUAUAGGCGUUGGCGUGACUCCAAGGGUCGGGACAAAGAGUAUGAAAAUAUCAUAAGAAAACAGGCACACGCAGCAAAGAUAGAGGCCGAGAAGGAAGGAAUCGUCGUCCCGGUGACACUAGAGGAUUACUGCAUAAAGACGAACGCGAGGCCAGCCGAACAGCAACUGGACAUGACGGAUUUUUACGACGACGAGUACGAAUUAGAUGACGACGAGGACGAUCAAUUGAGCGCCAGUGAAUACGAGGACGGCGACGACAGUGGCAACGGGGAGUCGUGAUCCAUUUCCUAAGACGACGGGAUAAUAAACUCGAAUAAAACAAAAAAAAAAAAAAGAAACGCUAAUUAUUAUCAGUUCUGUAUAGAUUAAUAAAUUAACGGGCUUCUAAACCGGACGCUCUCUCUGUCUCUCUUCAGACGUGCCACCUAUAAAUUCAAGUAAGCGCGAUUAAAUUUACGAGGACGGUCGUCGCGAGUACGUUGUAAUUCAGAAUCGUAUUAUUGCGCCAUCUAUCGUCCGCCGGUCUUGGGGCGAAACGAAUUCGUCGAAUUAUAUUUGUUGCCAUUGUUCCGCGUUUGGUUAAUUUUACGGUAGAAUUGGCACGGUCAGAUCGCGAAUGUCCGAAGAGAAUUGUUUUGCGAACUUCUUGUCGGUAUUCACGUACGAGGAAUAUCGAAAUUCUAGAGUAAAUUGUCGAGAAUGCCGAGUUUACAAGCUCUUUAACUUAAGCAAUAUACGGUAUAUACAUAAGUACUUUGUUAAGAGCACUGUGCUUGUUGUGUUGUGGUUGGCACGUCAAUCUUUUUAACUAGGCAAAGGGAUGGAAACGAAGGAUCAAUUGAUUCCGGCUCGCUUGGGCGAUCAGCGUUCGAUAAAAAAAUUUAAUCGCGAUAAAGUACAAUGAUUGGGCUGGCUCAAGUUAUCCAUGUAUCAUAUUAACAGUGUUAUCGGUGAGCGCAUCGAUUGAUCCUGCGGUUCCAGAACUUCGAUAAGGUUUACAUUCGAACGAAGUAAAAUUUCUCUGUUUCCUGCGAAAUUGUUUGUCUUACGGAGCCAUAAGUUUGGAAAGAAAUUCGAUGUAUAAGCGAGAGCAAAGAAUAUAUAACAAAUCCGCCGAGGAUGACCCGUCGGACACACUUCGUAGACACUUUCUUUUUGUAUUUAAAACGUGCAUACACUAUACGCUUAAUUUUUUAAUAUUCUUUUUGCCAACGAAACAUGAACCGAUUUUUAUUGUUGUUUGCGUACGUUUCUGAUGAUACGAUGGGUCGUUCCGAUCGCGGCUCUUCAGCAGCUUGUUCAGGCGUAGAACAUAAUUUUUGCUAUUAACGGUACACCUUAAGUUUCGAUCAUUUGUCAUUGACAUUGCUAAAUCUUUUGAGAAGAGUACCGAGGUACGUUUACGGGACUUGUGCGUGCAUCGUGCUACAUCCACAAAGUCAGUUUAGCUUGCGACGUUUCUUAAGAUCUCUUGAUGUUUUAAGUAUUAUCUUUCACAACGGGGACAAAAGCUUUUGUAGGCGAGGUUCAUUAAACGUAAGCUUAUUACUUAAGUGAAAGUAAUACCAGAUGCGGCUAACCUACUCUGUGGUAGUGUAUCCGUGCUCGUACGACUGAAAUUGUAAAUAGUACACAAAACUCGAUCUUAAAGACAUUAAAACGUGUAAAUGGAUACGUCUCUGAUCUUCGUUCUUCGUUAGCCUGUUUUAAUCGAGAGACCAAAAUUAAGUAUGUUGAAAGGUA